AUGAGACAAGUUACAUUCACAAAAGUUCCUUGGGCGGUGUGCUCUCCACGCUCCCAUAUCAAUGCUCAUGCAUUUGGCCGAGGGAGGCUUCCGCCUUGGGGACGCUCGAUGAUACGAUACACAUCUUCUAUCCAGUCAGGACAUAUCUCACUGGGAGAAAAUGAAGGAAUACUUUACGUGAAUAAUAUCUUUCCGCACCGGUUACAAUGGCUGCUGCGGGGUCCCCUCAGUCAUGUUCAGCCUCUUGAGGGUAUCUUGAGAAAGAUUGACAAGCCUGGAAUGGCAGCAUCUGAUCCACUUCGAAUCGUUCAAAGGGCAUUGCCUAAAGAUUUGGACCUAGAGAUCAAAGAGGUCAUCGCGAGGUAUAAAGAAGGCGGUGCAUUUGUUAGAUAUGCACGUAAGCCAGAUUUGAAUGACGAGACUAUUCGGAAUGCGGUCGAGGAGCAUCUACGAAAUAAACCUAUCAAUCCUUGGUUCAAUCCAUUCCAGAAGGUUGAUGCGGACCUCGUGCGCGGAAUACCGUGGAUCGAAGACCUUUAUCGAAUUCCAAGCCAAACCAUCAAGGUGGAAUUCUUGUCUACCUCUCCCGAUAGCUCAGCUGCUGAGCUAUCUCAAGAAGCUCUGUACUCAUUGUUCCGGCCAUAUGGAAAACUUCUCGAUAUCCAACCCCAACCCACCGAUUCCAAAGUGGUGCCACGGUAUGCGACUCUGCGAUUUGAACGACCUCGAUAUUCUGUCAUGGCAAGAAAUUGUAUGCAUGGCUUUACCGUUUCGGAGGAAUCUGGUGGCGGUAAAUCUGGUACAAGGUUCAAGAUCAAUUAUGAACGCAAGAUCAAACUGUUUAUGAUCAAGGACUGGCUCUUGAACCACCCAAGAAUAGUUAUUCCCGCUUUAGCUGCCUUGAUUGCCACUAUCACCGUCAUUGUCUUCGAUCCCAUUCGCACUUUCUUCAUUGAGCUCAAAAUCAAGUCGACGUUGCAACACGAGGAGAACCAGAUCGUGCAAUGGAUUCGCGCGCAGGUUAGCAAAACCAACAUGUUUUCUUUUGGCAAGAGCAAAUCAGACCCGCGUGGCCUGGCAGCUAUUUGGGAGGACCGACAAAAAGACAUCUCACAGCUACAAGCCUGGUUGACUGAAACUGCGGAAACAUUCAUCGUCAUUCAUGGCCCACGAGGCUCAGGAAAGCGCGAAUUGGUCUUGGAACAAGCGCUGAAGGAGCACAAGUACAAGGUCGUCGUGGACUGCAAGCAAAUCCAAGAUGCCCGAGGAGACACGGCUAAAAUCUCACGAGCGGCGGCCCAGGUUGGCUACCGGCCAAUCUUUUCCUGGAUGAAUAGCCUCAGCAGCUUGAUUGACCUAGCUGCACAGGGAAUGAUUGGUACCAAGGCUGGGUUCUCUGAAACUCUCGAUGCGCAGCUCAGCAAAAUCUGGCAAAACACUGCUGUUGCCAUGAGGCGGGUUGCUUUGGAAGGGAGACGCAAGGAGGACAAAGACUUCAACAUGUCCGAGGAUGAGUACCUGGAGGCCCAUCCGGAAAAACGGCCUGUUGUCAUUAUUGACAACUUCGUGUAUGAUUCAGAGGACAGUGUUGUGCUCGACAAGAUGACGCAGUGGGCGGCUGGCCUGACCUCAGCAAAUAUUGCACAUGUCGUCUUUUUGACAACUGAUUCUUCCUUCGCGAAGCCUUUGAGCAAGGCGCUCCCUAAUCAAGUUUUCCGCACAAUUGGCUUGGGUGACUGUUCACUCGAUGUUGGCCGUCGCUUUGUUCUAAGUCACCUGGACACGGUGGGAGGCGAUGGUGACAAGGAGCAGGAUGCGAAUCGCAAGAAGACACUUCAUGGCUUAGAUUCCUGUAUCAAGGUACUAGGCGGCCGAGUCACUGACCUUGAGUUUAUGGCUCAUCGAAUUGAAGCCGGGGAGACCCCUGAAGCUGCUGUAAACCGUAUCAUUGAGCAAUCAUCAUCGGAGAUUUUGAAGAUCUUCAUUUUGGGCACAGACUCGAUGACACCUCAAUGGAGUCGUGAACAAGCGUGGCAUUUGAUCAAGUCUUUGGCAAGCUCGAAAGACGGCACUCUAUUGUACAACAAAGUCCUUCUCUCGGAUCUGUUCAAAGAGAACGGCGAGGCCACUCUGCACGCCCUGGAACAAUCAGAGCUCAUCUCCGUGGGAACCGACAAGGGAUUCCCACGAUACAUCAAACCCGGAAAGCCCGUCUAUCGUGCUGCUUUCCAGCGUCUAGUGUCAAACAAGACCCUACAAGGUCGUCUUGAUAUGUUGGUUCUUGCACAGCUUAUGAGCAACGAGAACUCGAGUAUCAGCAAAUAUGAGCAGGAACUCCAGGUCCUUGGCUCUUUGCCAAAGUAUCCCUGGGAACUCACUUCUAGAAUUGAAUGGCUUCUGCGCAAGGUUCAUGGAUCGCAGGCCAAGAUUCAGAAGUAUGAGAGCGAGAGCGCUUCUCUGUCGAAGAUCCUGCAGAAUGAGAACUGA